AUUUCGCAUUGUUUGGCGGUGCUUUGAAGCUCACUUGAUAGUCACAAUACAUUCAGUCGAUCAGAAGCGAAACGGCACUCAGAUUGUGUGUGAUAUAAAAACCACCGACAAAAAACAAAAAAAAUGUCAUACUCCUGGGAUAACCGUGUAGACUUUGUUGUACGGUAUAUGUAUGAUAUCGACAACAAUGGCUAUCUGGAUCAAAAUGACUUCCAGUGCAUGGCUGUACGAGCAUGCGUUGUGGAGGGCAAAGGCGACUGCAGUGCUGCCCGCAUUGCAGAAUAUCAAAAACUUAUGAAGAACUUGUGGGAUGAAAUCUCAGAAAUUGCUGAUGAUGACAAAGACGGUAAAAUUUCAAAUGCAGAAUUCAAAGAAGCCGUAAGAAAAACUUGCGUUGGCAAGAAAUACGACGAAUUCCCCCAGGCAAUGAGGGCAUUUAUUGAAGCCAAUUUCAAAAUCCUAGACAUCAAUAGUGACGGUAUUGUGGGUGUUGAGGAAUACCGUUAUAACUGCAUUACCAGAAUAGCUAUCGAUGAUGUUGCACCAAUCGAUAAAGCAUUCGAUAUUCUAUUAAAUGACGAAGACAGGAAACGCGGUGGUCUGUCAUUGGAUCGUUACAAGGAACUGUAUGCUCAAUUUUUGGGCAACACUGCCGACGACCAUCCAGCUGUCAACUUGUUUGGGCCUUUAUAAAUACACAAAAUAAAAACAAGCAAAAUUUUUAACUAAAUAAAAUAAAUAUAUAUUUUUUUGAUUGUCUUCGCUGUUGUUCAACUAUUGUCAUUUAAGUGUCAUUCAUAAUCACUUUUACAUUAUAACUAAUUAAUUAACUAUGGCAAGAAAGUGAAUUUACGUUAUGUACCCACGCACACCGAAAAGUAUGUAGAAUCGUUAAAAAACAUAAAAACAACACAAUAUACAUAUAUACAUAGAUAAUUGUUAAUGGAAAGCAAUAAAAAACAAAAUCUACCUUUUUUUUGCUCUCCCACAAAAUGAAAAAAAAAAAACAAAAAAACAAUCUUGACAUAUGUCUCUCUCUCUUAA